GUUCAUUUAGGACUUGAAGUGACUCAGUCACUGUUAGGUGUUCUUGUGUCAAAAGAAAAAGAAGAAAAAGAGAAAAAAAAAUCUUUUUGUAAAUUUAUAAGCUCUACAUGCCUAUAAAUCUAGGUGUCAAUCAUAUGUGCUCUGCAGGCCAAGGGUUUUAUUAUUGUCCUGAAGUUUUCAUGGCUAGUUAUAGCGUUGCUGUUGCUGACUGGUGCACAAAUAGAAUAAUAAUAUUAUUUACAGUGCUGUUGUUAUGGUGGGUGAUAAUUAUAAUACUUGUUUUCAAAGUCUUGAAGAUGAUGUCCAGUUGGGUUUACACGUACUGGUGGAAGCCUUACAGUAUCACCAAGAUUAUGGCAGAACAAGGCAUUAGAGGCCCAACUCCUCGUUUCUUCACUGGAAAUCUGGGUGAUAUGACUAAAUUAAGAGAACACAAGGCUGCCCAAGACAUGAAUGCUAUCACUCAUGACAUUGUAGAUAGACUUAUGCCACACUAUGUACAAUGGUCGACUGUCUAUGGUAAACGCUUCAUUUUCUGGUGGGGCACAGAACCUCGGCUGACGAUAUCAGAACCAGAACUGAUCAAAGAACUUCUCUCAGCAAAGCACGGCCUGUCGUAUGGAAAAUCAGAGCUGCAACAGAAGGGUGUUAAAAACUUUAUUGGAAAAGGCCUCCUAAUGGCUAAUGGCCAAGACUGGGUUAACCAGCGCCACAUCAUUGCUCCUGCUUUCCACCAUGAAAACCUCAAGGGGCAUGUGGUUCACAUGGUGGAGAGCACAGCUUGUUUGAUAAACAAGUGGAAAAAAAGUGUUGAGGAAACUAGUGGAGAAGUGGAGAUUGAGGUGAUGGAGCAUUUUAUGCGCCUCGCUGCUGACAUUAUAGCUAAGACUGAAUUUGGAAGCAGCUAUGAAGAAGGGAAAAGAGUGUUUGAAAAGUUGGGUCUCCUGCAAAAGCUUUCUUCUCGUGGUGGUCGCUAUUCUUGGUUCCCUAGCAAUGGCUUGAGGAAGAAGCGACAGGUGGUGAAAUUGAAGGAGGAAGUAGAAGAGUCUCUGCAAAGAGUGGUGGAAUCUCGAAGGGAGUCAGUUAGCAUGGGAAGAAGCACAUCAUAUGGGCAUGACUUAUUGGGGUUGAUGUUGGCCGAAUGUGAUAAGGGUUCCACCAAUUUCACUACACAGGAGCUCAUGGAUGAAUGCAAAACUUUCUUUUUUGCUGGCCAAGACACCACCUCCACUCUACUCACAUGGACCACCAUGUUGCUUGCACUCCAUCCCCAGUGGCAACAACGUGCUCGUCAAGAAGUGCUCUCCCUCUGCAACAACCGUCCUCCUAACUUCAACACACUUCCUCACAUGAAAAUUAUGGGUAUGAUACUGAACGAAUCAUUGAGAUUAUACACACCGGCAAGUUUAUUCGCGAAAGAAGCAUUUGCCGACAUGAAGCUGGGCGACCUUUUCAUUCCGAAGGGUUUAUCUGUAUGGAUUCCUGUUCUUGCCAUUCAUCAUGACAAAGACAUUUGGGGCGAGGACGCCAAUGAAUUCAACCCAAAACGCUUUGCUAAUGGCACUGCCAGGGCCUGCAAUAACAAUCCAAUGGGCUUCAUUCCCUUCUCCUACGGCCCUCGCAAAUGCGUGGGCCAAAGUUUUGCCAUCAUGGAAGCAAAAAUAGUACUGGCGAUGAUUAUUGCUAAUUUUAAGUUCCAUUUAUCUCCUUCUUAUCGUCAUGCCCCAAUAUCUGUACUUACCCUCAAACCCAGACACGGCGUCCCAAUCAUUCUGCAGCCAUUGUAAGUUGAGUAAUUGAUUUGAGGUCUCGGCCAUAUUUUCUCCUUUAUGUCAAAUCAGGGUUCAACUUUUGGGCUGAAAUUUGACGGUAUGUGGCCUGUGUAGAAUGUUCUAGAGAGUAUAUCACUAUUCAAAGUUUUAACCGGCGGUAGAUUCUAUUUGCAAUUGGGCCUUUUUUCUAAUUAAAAGCAAUAAAUUUAUAAGCUUAUUAUUA